GUUUCUGACACGUACACGUCCCCUAACCCAGUCAUUCACUCACAUCCUUCAACCAUGUCCCCUCCCCCACAUUCCCUCACCUACAUCCCCUUACCCAUGUCCCUCAGCUACGUCCCCUUACCCAUGUCCCUCAGCUACGUCCCCUUACCCAUGUCCCCCAGCUACGUCCCCUUACCCAUGUCCCCUCAGCUACGUCCCCUUACCCAUGUCCCCUCAGCUACGUCCCCUUACCCAUGUCCCCUCAGCUAUGUCCCCUUACCCACGUCCCCUUCCCCCCUUCCCUCAGCUACGUCCCCUUAUCCACCUCCCUCAGCUACGUCCCCUUACCCACCUCCCUCAGCUACGUCCCCUUACCCAUGUCCCUCAGCUACAUCCACUUACCCACUUCCCCUCAGCUACGUCCCCUUACCCACUUCCCCUCAGCUACGUCCCCUUACCCAUGUCCCCUCAGCUACGUCCCCUUACCCAUGUCCCUCAGCUAUGUCCCCUUACCCACGUCCCCUCAGCUGCGUCCCCUUACCCAUGUCCCUCAGCUAUGUCCCCUUACCCAUGUCCCUCAGCUACGUCCCCUUACCCAUGUCCCCUCAGCUAUGUCCCCUUACCCAUGUCCCCUUACCCAUGUCCCCUUACCCACAUCCCUCAGCUACGUCCCCUUACCCACGUCCCCUUACCCACGUCCCUCAGCUACGUCCCCUUACCCACUUCCCCUCAGCUACGUCCCCUUACCCACUUCCCCUCAGCUACGUCCCCUUACCCACUUCCCCUCAGCUACGUCCCCUUACCCACUUCCCCUCAGCUACGUCCCCUUACCCACUUCCCCUCAGCUACGUCCCCUUACCCACGUCCCUCAGCUACGUCCCCUUACCCACUUCCCCUCAGCUACGUCCCCUUACCCACGUCCCUCAGCUACGUCCCCUUACCCACGUCCCUCAGCUACGUCCCCUUACCCACGUCCCCUCACCCACCACCAUAAAAAUGACACACAGUGAAACACGUGUUUGUUUAGAGCCUGGAGCAACAGGUGAGUCAUUUAAGAGACAAACGACUCAUCACGUGUCAGUAAAUACACACGUAUCAAUGUGCAAACGUUCUUUAUCUAAUGAACGAAUAAAUAUUUGGACAGAGGAUUUAAUGGAUGCAAAAUAAACAUUUGUGGUUUAAAUGAUACAUGAUUCACACACGUCUAUAACAGUGCUGUGUGUGUGUGUGUGUGUGUGUGUGUGUGUGUGUGUGUGUGUGUGUGUGUGUGUGUGUGUAUGUGUGUGUGUGUGUGUGUGUGUGAGAGAAUUAUGUACACUAGUUUUUCCCCUCUCUGUCAGUGGGACUGAGGCUCGCUGUCUCUCCCGUGUUCAUUGUGACUUUAUCUCUAUAAUGGUUUUAUUUAAUCG